AUGGAAGCAGCUUGGCGCCAGGUGGCCGGAGGCAGAGGCCGUGCGAGAGGCCGGGCGUCCGCCGCUCCAGCCUCGGGGAAUGGAGUCCAGCCUCGCGGCGGGGGCGGGAGGGGCAGCGGAGCCCCGGGAGCUGGCAGCCGGCCUGGUGCGGGCCGAGGGGCAGGGGGCGCCGCGGCCCCCUCUCCUGGCCGAGGCCCGCUCAGCGGUAUCCCGGGAGCGGCAGCGGUAGCAGCCGCGUGUCCAAUCCCCGCUGCUAGUGAGAUAAUGUCACAGAAGAAAUUUGAGGAAAUCAAGAAGGCUAAUCAAGCAGCAGCAAAAAAACUUGUUGAAGAUCACUUUAGUUCUUCUGAAGAAGAAGGAGAUGAAGAUACUGAAGGAAAGCAGGGCAAAAUUGUUGACAAAACAUUCAUAACAUAUACUAAUCAAAUAGAUGGAGAUAUGCAUGAUUUGGAACGGACCAGACAGUAUAUAAAUGAAGCUUUUCAGUCGGGGGCUAUGACUUGCUUAAUUUGUAUUGCUUCAGUAAAGAGAAACCAAGCGGUUUGGAGCUGUUCAGGAUGUUUCUGUAUAUUUCACAUGCCCUGUAUUCAAAAGUGGGCUAAAGAUAGCCUCUUCCUUGUAUCUUCACCUUUGACAGAUGAUGACUUUGGAAAAAGAGACUAUCCUUGGCCCUGUCCAAAAUGUCGGUUUGAAUAUAAACGAUCUGAAACACCAACUCGGUAUUAUUGCUAUUGUGGAAAAGUGGAAGAUCCACCUCUGGAUCCAUGGCUUGUACCUCAUUCAUGUGGACAAGUUUGUGAGAGAGACUUUAAACCUUCUUGUGGACAUAAGUGUUUACUCCUCUGUCACCCAGGUCCUUGCCCUCCCUGUCCAAAAAUGGUUUCAAUUACUUGUUACUGUAAGAAGGCAAAACCAGUAUCUCGCCGGUGCAGCACCAAGGAGUGGUCUUGUCAGCAACCUUGUGGUCAGAAGUUGUUAUGUGGGCAACAUAAGUGUGAAAACCCUUGUCAUGCAGGAAACUGUCAACCCUGUCCACGAGUUAGCAAACAGAAAUGUGUCUGUGGCAAACGAGUAGCUGAAAGACUUUGUGCAAGUCCAGUAUGGCACUGUGAUCAGGUAUGUGGAAAAAUACUGCCAUGUGGAAAUCAUAGAUGUGAACAAGUUUGCCAUUCUCUUGCUUGUGGAGAAUGUCCUCGAUCUGGGAAAAGAUUCUGUCCCUGUCAGAAAUCAAAGUUUUCUUUGCCUUGUACGGAAGAUGUACCAACUUGUGGAGAUAGUUGUGACAAAGUGCUUGAAUGUGGAAUUCAUAGGUGUUCACAGCGUUGUCAUCGAGGUCCUUGUGAAAUAUGUAGACAGGAAGUUGAAAAGCACUGUCGCUGUGGAAAACAUACCAAAAGAAUGCCAUGCCACAAACCCUAUCUCUGUGAAACUAAGUGUAUUAAAAUGCGGGACUGCCAGAGGCAUCAGUGUAAGAGAAAGUGUUGCCCUGGAAACUGCCCACCUUGUGAUCUACCAUGUGCACGAGCUUUAGGGUGUAGAAACCACAAGUGUCCCUCCAUCUGCCACAGAGGUAGCUGUUAUCCCUGUCCUGAAACAGUAGAUGUGAAGUGUAAGUGUGGUAAAACAAAGGUGACCGUUCCUUGUGGCAGAGAACGUACCACCAAACCACCCAGGUGCAAAGAGCUGUGUAGCCAGCCUUCAACUUGCCAUCAUCCAAAUCGAGAAAAACAUCGAUGUCAUUUUGGCCCUUGUCCUCCAUGUCAUCAAUCUUGCCAAAAAGUUCUGGAAAAAUGUGGUCAUUUAUGUCCUGCUCCAUGCCAUGACCAAGCAUUAGUAAAGCAAACUGGCACGCAUCAACCUGCCGGUCCCUGGGAACAGAUUUCUGAACCAGCAUAUAUUCAAACUGCUUUGCCUUGUCCACCCUGCCAAGUUCCUAUUCCAACAGAGUGUCUUGGGAAGCAUGAGAUCAGUCCUCUCCCAUGUCAUGCUUUGGGCCCUUACUCUUGUAAGAGGUUUUGUGGACGGAGUCUAGAUUGUCAAAAUCAUACUUGUAUGAAGGAAUGUCAUAAAGUUACUGAAACUGAUGGCUGUGUGGAUGAAAAAAAGUCAGGGCCAGAAUGUCUUCAGUGUGAAGAAGAAUGCCGUAAACCACGGCCCCCAGGUUGUCCUCACCCAUGUGUUCUGCCCUGUCACCCUGGAGAAUGUCCUCCUUGUGUUCAAAUGCUCAGAAUAAAGUGUCAUUGCAAGCUCACAAGCUUAUAUGUGGAAUGCAGACAAUUGUCAACUGCCGAUAUAAAUGAAAAGAAUCUAUUGACUUGCUGCAAAAAUCAGUGUCCUAAAGAGUUGCCCUGUGGUCAUCGCUGUAAGGAGUUAUGCCAUCCUGGUGAAUGUCCCUUCAAUUGCAACCAGAAGGUAAAACUCAGAUGUCCUUGCAAGAGAAUUAAAAAGGAUUUGCAAUGCAACAAGGUGCGUGAAGGCCGGGUUUCUCUAGAAUGUGACACCAUGUGUAAGGAAAUGAAACGGAAAGCCUCUGAGAUAAAGGAAGCAGAAGCCAAAGCUGUUAUUGAAGAAGAAAAACGAAGACAACAGGCUGAAUUAGAGGCCUUUGAAAACAGAUUGAAAGGUCGUCGGAAGAAAAACAGGAAAAGAGAUGAAGUAGAAAUUGAACCCUCAGUAUGGCAAAAACAUAAGAAGGUGUUCCUUUUCCUAGUGUGCACAAUAGUUGUGAUGUUUGCAUGGUACUUGGUUCCUGAUAUGUACUGA